AUGUCAGCAAUUGAUGAAGCAACGCCAUCAAAAGAAUCACGUCAUUAUUAUCAUGCAGCCAACUUGUCUACGACUCGUUCAAACUCAAAUAAUUCCGCAAAUUUAGUUAUGCGCAGUUCUCGAACUUUUGUAAAGACGGUAGUUCGUGGUCAGUCCGCACCUUUUACAUCGCAACGCGAUCAAGUUCAUGGCUAUUCAGCAAGCACAUCGGUUUCACCGCAAACUCCUGUUUGCCUUGCUCGAGCCACUUCGAAAAUUCUUACCAUACGACCGUCAUCAUCUAGUACGGCUUUGUCUCAUCCAUGUGCAAAUUCUUACGAUAUGGCACAAAUUGAUAACCAAACAUCAAUGGUCUAUCACGAAUCACCUCAACAAUAUUUGGACCAUCUGUUAUCAUCACCACAGACUUUUUUAUCGUUAUCUAACCCCACAAGAGAUUGCGUUGCAUUGCAGAAUGUAUCAUCUCUUGGUUCUGAGUCAGUCAGUAAGUCAGUUGUCAAUGAUCAUGAAAUUUCAUCUGCAACUUUGGAUUUGAAUAAUGCAUCUUCUAAACAAGAUUUUGGAAUAAGGUCGAUAGCAAGCAAUGGAACACUUUGUGCUCGUAAUUAUGCCUCAAAUUAUGCACGAAUGCGACCAACUUCAUCUCAUCGCACAGUAUCUUCUCAUCUUCAAGCUGGUGAUGCAAUAUCUAUUGCCAGUUCAUCACCUUAUUCUAAGUAUAUUAUUCCUGUAAUACCAAACCAUAUUCAGCGACUUUUGCCUGUAAAUGGUUACAAAGCUCCAUCAAAGCAAUUACUGGUAACCAGUGAUGAUCUGUCGACCACACCAGAUGUUGAUAACAAAAAUAGCUUUAACUUAUCACCAUUAUUGUUUUCCUCAAUGCCAAUUACCUCUUCUUGUUCAACUUCAUCUGUUGCAAAUAUUUUGCCACAGUCAUCAUCUUCCACGAAUACAUCAGGGCUACCAAAUACAAAUGCUAGUCCUAUACAUGCUGGUCCUAGUCCAAGGCCUAGCAUUCUGCGCAAAACACGAGAUCAGGUUUCAGGGAUUAGUUGUGCAGUUCGAAAACUUGUGUAUUCUGAUUCUGCUUUAAGUGGUGAUAAUCCAGUUGCCUUGUCACUUCUUUCAAAUGAUUGCAGUUAUGAUUUAAAAAAUGGUGAUGUCGUUGAAAAUAGUCUUAGUCGUUCGCCUAAAACUCCACAGAAGGCAUCAGAAGAUUGCAUGUCUGGUUCUGAGCUUGAUACACCUCGUAAAAGAAUGCGCAAACAACAGUUUGAUUCAUCCCAAGGCCCUGAAAGAAUAAAGAUGGAAGUGAGCGUUAAGGUGGACACGAAUAGAAUUAAUUAUCAGAAAGAGGAGAUCAAUUUAUGGGAUGGUUUUGAUGAAAAUUCUGAGAUGAAGAAUAUGAAAUUAGCCAAAAUUCGUAAGCGUAGAGGACGGCCACGCACAAGCUGCAAAAGUCAGCUUCUUCAUGAUUUAUCUCCAGCUUCUCGCCAAUAUUGCACUAACACGCAGCCAAAACAGAAAAAACCAAGAAAAAACGCUGUAACUAUGGUUUUAAAUGAAGAGACUGUUAGUGAAUCAAAUAUUUCACCUCAGAUUAAUCAACCUAGUGAGGAAAAUGAUGAUGUAAUAGCUUCAACAAGUCAAAUAUGCAGUCCAAAUCUGUUAAACGUUGAUGUUAUUGAGGAGGAAACAGCCGCAGCCAUUUUAUUGAAUUAUUUUCGACGGAUUGAAACUAUUCAUAGCGAACAUAUUGAAUGUCAUCAGCCAACUCCGGUAACAAGUCCUAUCAAUUAUUUCGAAGAAUAUACAGCUGCUGAAUAUGGUGAUUCGGAGAAGGAUAUUGAAGCUAUAACAAAUCAAGAUGGCAAAUCAUCUUCACCUUCUAUCCUUCCACAUAUGAAGCUGCGAUCAAAAUCUGCUCGUUCUGUUGGAUUGAAUCAUUUUAAGGAAGUAGAAUGUGCUAAGUCCUUUUAUGAUGGAUUUGCAUUAGUGGUUUCUACAAUAAAAAAACUGAAAGAAUUGAAACGGAAAAGUGAAAUGCAGUUGGCAGCUAAUCGAGCGUUAUUAAAGAGUGCGUUAUUAAAAAUGCCAAACGGUUUCACAUGCAAUCCUACUACCUUUAAGAAACCGCAAAUUUCAAGUUUUGCUGAAUUCUCGACUCGAAAAGCCUUGUAUUCUUCAAAGAGAAGCGUUGACUAUUUAGUGGAAAAAUUCGAAGGAGUGUUCGAUGAUUUUUUGGAAUUUGGUGAUGAGGAAGAUGAGGAAGAAGAUAAUACAGUCGUGGAUAAAGAAAAAAUCGAUGAAAUUCUGAAAUCAGCUAAAACUAGAAUAAUUAGUAAAGACGAUUUUAUAGUAGCCGCAACUGUUUUGCAAGUCAUUGAUAAAAUCGUUGCUGAUGAAGUUAGUAGUAAACACCAUAAUGAGACGAUAAGCAGAAAGAGGCAAGCUGUCGAUGACAAUCCAAGUACUUUGACUCAACCCAGUGAAAAGCGCGAUAAAAAUAUGAACGCUUUACAUUCUCAUAACUGUGGAAGUGAAACAAUCGCGAUACCGGAUGACGGUUUUCAAAAUUUAAAUGAUUUUAUCGAAGCUAAGAAACGUUAUAAGCGAGGCGAAUUCUCGAAAGUUAUUUCUUCGCAUUAUUCCAGUGAUGAAACCUGGUUAUGCCGAUCGUUAUGUGGAUCAUUAAUUAAUAGUGAAAUCAUCGAACAGGAAAGUGAAAUGAAUAUGGUGAAUGUUGCUGUGAAGUUUUUGCGUGCUACUAAUGAGAAGUUGUGGAUGUCUUUUGCAAAUGAAAUUUAUGAAGUAAUAAGUAAUAGAUCGGAUGACGUGGAUACAAAGAUUUCAAAGCAAAAUCAGUUGAUUUUGUCGUAUUUGAGCAAAUUACCCCAAAGUGCUUCAACGUCAAAGUCAGAUUCCUACAACUUAGCAUCUUCCGCCUUCUUUGAACCGAACUCCAUAAUGGUUCAAAAACUUUUUGAGAGUAAUAGUUUCGAUGAUGAAACGUUGAUGAGUCCUGAUGGAAUUAAUCUAUUCGAUCGGAAGACGAGCAUGAGGAAGGAACGUAUUCGUCGGUUAAAAUACUACGAAUUUGGUCCUGACGUCGAUUUCGAGGAGUUACGUCUAAGCUUAAGGCCAUCGCAAUUGCUAGAAUGUUGUGAGCGAUGGAAGGAUGAUUUUACUUCCGAAUCCAUAGUAGAUGACUCUAAAUAUGAAGAUGAACAGAAUUUUGAACAGAAUGAUAAAGCAUCAUUGAUGACUGGACAUAAUUACAACAUUGGUGUGUUAUUUACCGAUUUACUUCGUGAAAAAAUGUCAGACUGCGAUUCACAGUCAACAAGGCUUCUGUUUCUUGAACGCAUUUCUAAAGAAAGUGGAAAAGAGUUAAAACAACUAGAAGAAUUUACGCGAAAUGACAUUAAACGUGCCACAAAAAAUAUUCAAGAACAAAUGGCAUCAUUAAUUCAAUCAAUGCGCAUCAAUGCUCACUUGUCGAAUAUUAGUUUGAAAUUGUUUUGUGAUUCUGCAAAUGAAUUAUGUAACAGACAUAAUGAUGGAAAACAGGAAUCAAAAAAAAUUGAAAGGAUUUGCUGA